CCGCAUGCGCACACCGCCCCAUCGCCGGUCUUAUCGAGUGCGGCGGGAGACAAGAGUGCGCCGUUCGUGCCGAACACCCCCACUUGGUAGUGAGCGUCCGUGCGUUCCGCGUCGCGUCCGCAUCGCACGAUCCACACACUCUCUCUCGCCGAUUGUGCGUGAGCGCACGCGACCCAACAAGUAUCCCGAGCCUCCUCUCUCAUAAUGUGUACGCACACUUUGUCGAAACCAUUCGACGGCUAAGUUUUUAUCGAACUCUCGUGCGCGGUCCGGAAACGCGACAGUAAAAGUGAUGUGUGUCGGAAAUGUCGCGUUCGUAUUCACGAGCCGGCGCCACCGCCGCUAGCGCUCGCGAUCGCGAUCAUUACUCCGCGCAUUAAUAAUUCCCAGCGUCGAGCAACAGUUCACCGCGUCGAUAAACAACAAUGUGAAAAGAUAAAGAAACGUAGACGAAAACUGUAAACAUUGAAACACGUUUUGGUUUGAUUUUUAUUUUUAUAUACGGUUAGAUUGAUGAAACUGUUACAACCUGAACUGAACUGAACUGAGAACAAAAAGUGCUGUGAAAAGGAUAAUAACAAACGUGCAAGGAUAAAGGAUUCUUUUUUUUGCGCUGGGGGUUUAAAAAGCAAGUGAGGCGAUAUUCGUUGUGCGGUUUUCUUGCUUGCGGUUUACGGUUCGCCGUUUGGGUUUCGGCUGAUUUUUUCGGUGGAGACGCCUCGAAUCCUGGAAACCUAGAGGAUAAAAGAUGGAUGGUUACGGGCCCAGGCCGCCGCCGUUACCGCGGCGAGUGCGGAAUAUUUAUGCGGAGCCAUUUUCGCAUGAACCUAGGUUAGCACCUUCCGGUCUACAACAAAACACACUGCCAUCGUCGGCACAGCAGCGGCAGCAGGAAGCGAACCAAGCGAUGGUUGCCGGCGGUACACUGCAAGGCGUUGGAGGCCAUCAGCAGUCGCCGUUGGUUAUGCCCGUCUUUCCAUUGCGGCCCGCGGCGCAGGCGGCGCACACCCCUCAUUACUCUCCGUACUCCCCGUCCAGGUUCCACAUCGAUAAGCGCUGCCAGCAUCGCUGCACGUGGAAAUGUCUCAGCAUUGCUCUCAUCCUGCUUGCUGUCGCCCUCACUGCCAUGCUUGCGUAUUUUGCAGCUGUCAGUUCGAUGAAACCGAAUAUGGAUUCCACGAACUGCAUCCUCGUGCAGGACGUCAAGGAUGUGACGCAGGACCAAAUGACGCAAGGCUCCGUUUCGACACAAUUACCCACCGAAGAAUCAUUACCGACGAGUACAGCGGAGCAUUCCAGCGUGACAACGCAUGGUUCAUUGCAACAGCCGCAACAACAGAGUCAGUCCCAACCACAAUGGCCGCCGUUGUUGGAGGUGCGCGAAUUGAACACCCUGCAUGCUGCAACCAUACCACCCUAUCAGUUCUGGAACUCUGAGUUCCGCAACAAGCAGCCGGCGUUCAUCCGCUUCAAUUUCACGCUGCCGUGGGGCGCCAACUUUGCCGUCUAUGGUCGACGCAAUGUGGCGCCCAGCGUCACGCAGUACGAUUUCGUCGAGUUCGUGAAGGGCGGACGCGUCGAUCAUCGUUUGCGAAAGCGCUCGGCCGUCAACGACGACACCUCAGACCCUGACGACGAUGACGACGACGACAGUCUCACUCUGACCUCCUCUGCGUUACGCCAUAAGCAAAUACGAUUUCCCUACAACAACAAAAAUCUCCAUCGAUCCGAUGUGCUUGAAAGCAUUUCAAGUAACUAUGAAGGUACCAAGAAGAUUCUGGCUGAUUCAGAUGGACCUCGUGGGCCAUUUUUCUCGCACGUGAAUAUUGACUUCUCCAUGUUGGGAUUGGGUCAGGGGGAGGUUGGUGAUGGGACGGAUAUGCCUCAUCCCACAGUGGAUUUGGGUGUCGAACUGGAUGCGCAUGUUAUUUCGAAGAGGGACGCCGAGUUGGAAACUAUGUUGGUCAACGUCAGCCUGCUGCAGUAUUUGGACACGGGUCGCUGGUUCCUGUCGGUGUACAACGACGAGCUGCAACCGCAUGCGGUCGCGUUGGUCAUCUCGGAGGCGGAGGGCGUCAGUACGACUUGUCCGAAUGACUGCUCUGGGAGGGGUUCCUGCUACCUGGGCAAAUGCGAUUGCAUCGAUGGCUUUCAAGGCAUUGACUGCUCCAAAAGUAUCUGUCCAGUGCUAUGCUCGGGUCACGGUCAAUACGGCGGCGGGCUGUGCCACUGCGAGGAAGGCUGGAAAGGCCCCGAGUGCGAUGUGCCCGAGAGCGAGUGCCGCGUGGCGGACUGCGGCGGUCGGGGGCAGUGCGUGCGCGGCUCCUGCCGUUGCAAACCCGGCUGGAAGGGCGACGCGUGCGAGGAGCGCGACUGCGAGGACCCGACGUGCUCCGACCGCGGUGCGUGCGUGCAGGGCCAGUGCUACUGCAAGGCCGGCUGGCAGGGCGAUCGAUGUCAUCUCAUCGACGAGCAGGUGCACAAGUGCCUGCCGAGCUGCGCCAACCACGGCGAGUACGAUCUCGAGGCAGGCAAGUGCGUUUGCCAUCGUCACUGGACCGGCGCGGAUUGCUCACAACCUUUGUGCAACUUGGAUUGCGGUCCACAUGGCAGAUGCGAUUCGGGGAAGUGUCGCUGUGAUCCUGGCUGGACUGGUCCACGAUGCGAGCAAUUACCAUGCGAUGCGCGAUGUCAAGAACACGGACAAUGCAGAAAUGGCACCUGUGUUUGCUCACAGGGCUGGAAUGGACGACAUUGUACUCUACCCGGAUGCGAGAAUGGUUGCUCUGGUCAUGGACAGUGUACCACCGAGGAUGGCUCUUACCUCUGCGUCUGUAUUCUGGGCUGGGCAGGUUCAGAUUGCAGUAUACCUUUGGAACAAAGUUGUAAUGAUGAUAUUGAUAAUGAUCACGAUGGUAUGACAGAUUGUUCAGAUAGCGAGUGUUGCUCCCAUGCGAGCUGCGCCGAUCACAUAAUGUGUUUGGCAAGCAAUGAUCCCGUGGAAGUUUUGCUGCGUAAACAACCUCCGUCGGUGACGGCGUCGUUUUAUCAGCGCGUCAAGUUCCUCAUCGAAGAAAAUUCGGUGCAGUCGUACGCACACAUGGACGAGUACACCGAGAGCGAGUUCUGGAAUUCCUUUACACCGCGCCGAGUUGCCGUUAUGCGAGGACAGGUGGUGACGCCGCAAGGAUUAGGCAUCGUUGGUAUCCGCGUCUCUGUUGAUCGAGAAUCACGUUUUGGAUUCACAUUGACUCGCCAUGGAGGAUGGUUCGAUGUGCUGGUGAAUGGUGGAGGCGCCGUGACCCUACAGUUUCAACUCCCCUUCAAGCCACUCACCCGCACCGUGUUCGUGCCGUGGAAUCAAAUCGUCGUCUUGCCACCCGUGCACAUGCAGCUCAGCGACGAUAGCGACUCUUCUAGCCAUCAUCCGAGUUUCCUCAGCCGUAAUCCGGCAAUCAACUUUCCGGGCGUGUCGCGUUCUCUCUUCGGCUCCAACAGCGUACUUCCUGCUAGCUGUGAUGAUCACGAUCCAGAGGAGCUCAAGCCGGUGAUCACCGGCACGUGGAUGCCCGAAGCUGUUGGCGGCAUGGCCGGCCAGAGUCUCAUCUUUGCCGAAACGCAAAUUGUGCAGGAAUCGAUACCCAUCCCCGGCUCGGAUUUGCAUCUCAUGUAUCAGAGCUCGCAGGCCAUCGGCUAUCUUAGCACCAUUCACAUGCGACUCACUGGUUCCACCAUCCCCAAGACCCUCACACAUGUGCACGUGCGCGUCGAAGUGGAGGGCUCGCUACACGUCAAGACCUACGAGGCUGACCCCGAGCUGAAGCACACGUUCGCGUGGAACAAGCGCAAUGUGUACAAGCAGAAGGUGUAUGGUGUAGCGCAGGCCAAGGUCUCGGUCGGCUAUCAGCAUUCUUCGUGCGAGGAGCCGGUGUGGGAGACGCAGACAGCGGAUUUGAAGGGCUUCGAUGUGGAUAUCAGCGACAUUGGCGGCUGGGGCCUGGACAUUCACCAUCACUACAAUUUCCAUGAGGGCAUUCUGCAGAAGGGCGACGGCUCGACCCUUCACCUCAAACAAUACCCGCGCACCGUCAACGUCGUCAUGGGAACCGGGCUGCAGCGCACGCUGGAUUGUCCCGGACAGUGCGGCGGGCCCGCGAAGGACGCCAAGCUGCUGACGCCUGGAUCACUAGCAAGCGGCCCGGAUGGCAGCAUUUACGUAGGGGAUUUCAAUUUGGUGCGGCGUAUUACGCCCGAAGGGCAUGUUUACACCGUACUGCAAUUAAGGGCGACUCAAGUGGCUUAUCAGUAUUACCUAUCGGUCUCUCCCGCCGAUGGCCACCUAUACGUGUCGGAUCCCGAGAAGCAUCAAAUCCUCAAAGUGAUAUCAUUAGAGCCCGUGACUGAUCCGAGCAUCAAUAGCGAGCCGGUGGUCGGAAAUGGGGAGCGCUGCAUACCAGGGGACGAUAGUAAUUGCGGCGAUGAUGGCCCCGCCAAGCACGCUCGAUUAGCGCACCCCAAGGGCAUCGCGAUCGCGGCAGAUAAAACGAUGUAUAUCGCCGACGGCACCAAUAUACGCGCCGUAGAUCCACGCGGAAUUAUCCACACUUUGGUUGGCAGUCAUGGCCACCACAAUCAUUGGUCACCCAUUCCGUGUCAUGGCGCGCUGAGCGCUUCCCAGGCCCAGCUGCAAUGGCCCACCGGAUUGUCUCUCAGUCCGUUGGACGGUUCACUGCAUUUCAUUGACGAUCGUCUUGUUCUGAAACUUACGGCUGACAUGAAGAUCAAAGUCGUCGCCGGCACUCCGCUUCAUUGCCAUGCAAGGGAGGAUAAUAAUGUCACCUCUUCGAAGACACAAAGCGACGACGUGCUGGGCACCGUAUUGGCGUUGGCCUUUGCUCCCAAUGGAGACCUGUACGUGGCGGAAACGGACACGCGCCGAGUUAACUUCAUCCGCAUGGUUGAUUCGUCCGGCAAGAUAACGCAUUUUGCCGGCCGCACACAAGAAAAGUUCAAAAAUAAUUGCGACUGCAAUACGAGCAUCACCACCGCAAAUCCUCGCAAUACUCCGAGUCAGGAACUUCCCACAGCUUGCAUCUGCGGUGCUACUGAUGUGACGACGAGUAAUGCUGAAACACUUCUGUCCUCGAACGCUCGGUUCCAGGCGAUUUCCGCACUUACGGUCUCGCCAGGCGGUGUACUUCAUGUAGCAGAUCAAGGGUCACUUCACAUCCUUGCAUUGGAACACUAUCUUCCUGCUCAUGAUGAAAACGGAGAAUUCCACAUACCGUACCCGGCAGCUGGGGAGAUCUAUGUGUUUAAUCGGUACGGGCAACAUGUUGCGACCAAAGAUCUCACCUCGGCCAAAACACGCUACUUCUUCCUGUACUCGAAGAACACCAGUUUUGGAAAGCUCUCCACCGUCACCGACAGCUCUGGAAACAAGAUUCAGUUCCUGCGCGACUACAGUAAUGUGGUUAGUUCGAUCGAAAACACGCAGGACCACAAAUCAGAGCUGAAGAUUUCGGGAGUCGGGUACUUGGUCAAAUUGUCAGAGAAGGGACGCAGCGAAAUCGAACUUGACUACGACAUGAACACAGGCCUACUCACGAGCCGUUCAGGGGGAGGCGAAACGUUCAUAUAUCAAUAUGAUUGGUUGGGCCGUGCGACCGGCGUGACGCUGCCGAGCGGCGAAACUUUGAGGCUGAAUUCGGAACUUUCGCCGACGCAAGGAUUGGUAGUUUCAGCCAGUUCUCCGCCAACAAACUUGAAGAUCACUGGCAAAUCCAACAAGAACGCCAUCAUUGAAGACGGAUUGGAAAUUGCCGAAGUGAAAACAUUAAAGAACUCCACUGUCGGCGUAAAUGCUGCGUGCGGCGCCAGCAUGUUGGUCGCCGCCGUCGAGCGCCAUCCGCUUUUGGAGGCUGCGCUGCCCGUCGAGGCCGAAAUGCUUCCGGUUUGGUCGGAGCAAGUGUCCACGUUCGGGGACGGGCUAGAAAAUUACAUGUCCACAAAAUUCAGCCUCGUCGGCGACGUGCGCAACCCGCAGCAGACUUUGAAUCGCGAGCUAUUCGUGAACAACUCGAAAGUGCUGGCUAUCGAGUUUGAUCAGUUCACGAGCCGCGAGACGUUUUACGACCGCGACCGUCAGCAGUUGUUAUCGAUCACGUACGACGCAGCCGGACUGCCGCUCAGUUAUGUACCAAAUGGCUCCGUACCACUGAACAUUUCGUACGAUGGAUUCAAUCGUAUUGAGGGUUGGAAGUGGGGCGCUUCUGAGUUGAAAUACAGUUACGACAGACAUGGCCUUCUUUCUGAGAUUACCAGUUCGUUAGAUGGAACAAAAAUAUUUACAUAUAAUGAACUCAAUAUGAUUACCAAGAUUACUCUGGCUAGUCAGAAGAGCUUUGCGUUGUCCUAUGAUGAUGCAGGUGGACUGCGACAUGUAACGUUGCCGAGUGGAACAAAGCAUUCGUUCAGCCUGCAACCAUCGCUGGGUUUUGUGCGGGUAACGUACACUGCGCCGGGAAGCACCCGGGCGUACUUGCAACAUUACUCGCAUUCAGGAUUGUUGCUGCAGACAGUGUUUCCGGGCGAAGGAGCGCGCGUUGUUUACAGAUAUACGGCCAACAAUCGGGUACAGGAAGUAGUGCACGGCGAUGGGAAAUCAUUGUAUCAUUACUCGCCGACGACCGGGUUGCCGUCGCAAGUGCUGCACACUGAGCCGGACCUGGAAUACCGUUGGGAUUAUCAGUACACCGGCGGGCUGCUGAUGGAGGAACGAGUCGAUUACGGUGCCAAGACAGGAUUGAGUAACGCCAAAUUCACUUACGACUACGACAGCAACUACCGUUUGGCGGUGGUUCAGGGACGCAUUGGCGGGCAAAACCUGCCACCGUACAAUCUCGCCUACAGCGCUAAAACCGGCGCUCUGGAGACGAUCGGGCCGUUUAAAAUUAAUAAACCUAAGUGGAACGACACCCAAGUUUACGAUGGCACUGCGCUUUUUUCGAGAAACGUCGAUGGGCAAUUUUUGGAAACACAGGUUGCUCUCACAAUUCACGGUAUGGAGGUUUUCCGAAUGGAGUUUAGUCAUGACAUGCAUGGGCGGAUCUCACAGACACGGACGUACACUCGUAAUGUGGGCGUUAAUCCUUACACGAAUGUGAAGAAUUAUACGUGGGAUUGCGACGGGCAAUUGCUGGGCGUCGAAGCGCAGGAACCAUGGGGCUUCCGGUACGAUGAUAAUGGCAACAUGCUGUCGCUGACGUAUCGGGGCAACACGAUUCCGAUGGAGUACAACGCGAUGGACCGUAUAAUCAAAUUCGGCGAGGGGCAAUACAAAUACGAUACUCGUGGGCUUGUAGUUCAAAACGCCCGCGAGGAGAAAUUCCACUACAACGCCAAGGGUCUAUUGGUGCGCGCGACUAAGCGGGGACGAUUUGAUGUCAAAUAUUUCUACGAUCACGCUGAUCGACUCUCCACCCGCAAGGAUAACUUUGGCAACGUGACGCAGUUCUUCUAUAACAAUCAGCAACGACCGAGGGAAGUCAGCCAGAUCUAUUCACCCCGCGACGGCAAAUUAAUGUCGCUCGUGUACGACGACCGGGGGCAUCUGGUUUACGCGCAAGUUUACAGGCACAAAUAUUAUGUGGCAACGGAUCAGUGCGGCACUCCGAUCAUGAUCUUCAAUCAAUAUGGUGAAGGCAUCAGGGAGAUUAUGAGAUCACCAUACGGUCACAUCGUGUACGACUCCAAUCCGUAUCUCUAUUUGCCGGUGGACUUUUGCGGCGGUUUGCUGGACCAGGUCACCUCCUUGGUGCACAUGCCGAACGGAAAAGUAUACGAUCCAUUAAUCGGUCAAUGGAUGUCGCCUCUUUGGGAAAGCGUCCUCGAGAGAGUGGCCACGCCGACGCAUCUACAUUUAUACCGAUUCAACGGUAAUGAUCCGAUAAAUGUCGGCCUCGACAAUUCGCGACCAAAAGACUAUCUGGAUUGGUUGAGCAAGAUGGGCUACGAUUUAAAGAGUCUUUCACCGCAACUUUACCCAGAUGAGUUGCCAGGUGGACCAAUGCCUCCACAACUCAGCAGGCCCCAUUCCACCUUCUGGGAUCCAAUUGAUGACAAACUCAGUAGUCAGUUGACGUUGCAAGCUACAUCGACGGGUAUUCAGUCAGGUUUCUUCGCUCAUAUUCACUCUAGAAGAAUGACGGAAGCCGGAAGUCUUUCAACGCCAAGCAAAUCCGCGCUCAAGACGGACGUGAUGGAUUUGGUACCUAAGAAGAUCGGCUCUGCUUCAGAUCCACCUUUCGGAAAAGGUAUUUUGGUCUCCCGGAAUGUUCAAGGACGAGCUGUUGUGUCCAGUGUACCAGCCGCAAAUGCUAUCUAUCGCGAUGUAUAUACUUCGGUCUUCAAUCGCUCAUAUCUUCUACCGUUCACGUUUGUUGUCCACAACGCCCAACAAGAUGCCUUCCACUUUGUGAAAGAAGAAACAUGGAAAGCUAACGACGACAAAGGUCAACUUAAGAGAUUGCAGGGACAGGUCAACACCACGUUCCAUGAGAUUGCCAGAGAGAAUGGCAGCGGCAACAAUUACUUUGACGUUAAGAUUCACGGUCUCAACGCGGUAAUCAACUUACGGUAUGGCACAACUCUGGAGAAGGAGAAGCAACGAUUGUUGCAUCAUGCCAAACUAUCCGCCAUCCGCAAAUCAUGGCACAAGGAAAAAGAAGCACUGAAGAACGGCUUUUUAGGCACCGUCGAAUGGAGCACUUCCGAGGUGGACGAGAUCAUGAAACUGGGCUAUGCUUCUGCGUAUGAAGGUGAGUACAUCCACGAUGUGCAACUGUAUCCAGAAUUAGCAGAAGAUCCAUACAACGUGCGCUUCCGAAAGAAGCAGAACGAUUCGUCCAAGAAGAAACGAAAGAAACGCGAUUCCAGCACCUCCAAAUGUUUGGACAUCGAUUGGUGGUGGCUAACGUGGAACUUUGAUUCCUGCUAGUGAUCACAGCCUCCGAGUCAAGCAACCAUCGUGAUGAAACACUAAUUAAAUAAGUACCAAACAAAACAACUAGUUCUAAGUACUUUCAAAAAAGGAUUACUACUGAUAGAGUACGUCUAAUGUCAAAAAAAUGCAGAUAAAGAUAACAUUUUAUACCGCUAUUGAUAAGAAAUAAGUUACACUGAUAAAAAAAAAGCUACUAAUCUUAAGGGAGAUAACUUUAACGCAAAAUGAAAGAAACUAUGACAUAAUGAUACCAAUACCAAAGUCUAUUUGUGUAAUGUAUUUCAAAGAUGCCAAAAAUAUUAUUUAUUUACAAUGUGUUACCUAUAUGUAUGUGAUUAGCAUUGGAGGUAUAAUCAAAUCGGGUCAACCAAUAUUAUAUGUUGAAACAAUGAGCACAUUACAAUUACCAAAAUGGAGAAAAUUAAGAGACUUUUUAUACAUGUAUAAGCAUUCAAUGGCUUCAGCGAAAUAAGUCAUUACUCGACUGAAAAUUUCAUAAAGUACGAUGAACAUAUAAAGAAAAUUAAAUACUACUGUAAUCCUAGCCCGAUCUCGAUUUCAUCCUUGCGAAAUUUUGUACAUAGUAUUUGCAUAAAUGAUUUAUUUAUUGAUUAAGGGACGGUGUGUGAAUCUCUAAUCUAUGGUGCGAAUGUAUAGCGAUUGUAAUCAAUUCUUGAGCGCAGCGCAAGCCUCCCUUCGGCGUGCAUUGCGAGUUCUUAAGAUGUUGUGAACGGAAUCAGCUCUGAGCAUGCCAUUUCUUGUGUAAUAUUAGUGCCAUAUUUAAAAUCGCAUCAAAUGAACGUGUAAAUAUAGUCCAAGUUAUUAUUAUAAAUAAUUUACCUAAAAGUAUCUAAUUCAUUUUGAGAUUAAAACGAAACGAAUUUAUUCUAGAUAGGCGAAACAAACGAACAAGAAUUAACAUUUAACAAAACCAAGGCUAUUGAACUAAAAGAUAACUUAUGACGACACAUUCGAAUGAUACUGUGUGCGUUAUCUAAUGCGAAAAACCAACUAUUGAUAAAUAAUUGAAAGAAAAUCAUUGACAAAGAUAUGUAUGUUGUGUUGCUUUACUUAAUAUUAUAUCAUUGUGACUGAUUGAUCUAUGUUUAUAAAGAAAAUUGCAUUAAGUAUUCAAUGAGAAUCUGGGCAAGAACGAUUUGUAUAAAGAUAAAAACAUAGGUGGAUAACGAUUACAGAAACUAUAUUGUACGAAUAAUUAUCCAAUGUGUACCUUGCCAUACAUUAUUCAUCAAAAGAUACAUUUACUAAGCCAAGCCACCGAAAAUUAUGUUCCCGAACGUCUAGAAUUUAAGAAGAGAUGAGAACACUAAUGAAACCCAAUAUCAAACCAAUAAUACUACCAAAGAAACGAUAGAAAGAUAAAGUAAAGAAAUCGAGAAAUAUGAACAAAAGACGAAAACCUAGAUAUUAAGUAAAGUAAAUAAGAAAUAAUGAUGAAUAUAUUAUAUUUUUAUCCGCCUGCCAUUAUAUAAUUAAAUAUCGUAGUAUAUUUUGUGUGCUGAUUGUUAUCUCUGGAUUAUAAACACGUGGAACUACAAAAUAAGAUGCGCGACGCCGACGAAUGCGGAUUUAAACAGAAUACCAUUCAUUGUUAUGUCAAAAUGUGCUAAGUGCGACUGAAGCAAACGAAAUAACAUAUGUAUUAACUAAUUUAAUGUCGAUAUAUGUUCAAUAACUAUGUCCAUAGACCAUGUAACCAAACUCGCUGGUAACUGUUCAUUUAUAAAUUCACUAAUUGUUUAUCAAAACGAAGCUAGAACCAUACUAGAAGCAUACGCAAAAUUGCGGAUUGAUGCGUCUUGCAACUCUCCGCAAUUGUAUGUUGAUUAUAUUGUUUGAUGGAACGAAUAUGUGUCAUGAUUAAUUCAUCAUUAGUCGAUCAUUAUUGUAACCACUGUAAGAGAGGAAAGCGGACUUCGUCGGAUAUCCAUUUAAACGGCAAACGCAGUGCAUAACAAUUUGCAGCAAACUAGAUUUCAUAACGUUUAUUAAAAAACAUAAACUUACAAAAAUAUUUUACAUAUUUACCAAAACACGCAGCAUACAUACGAUAAAUGUGGUCUCAUGCUUCUUGUUUUUACUUUGACGAGAAAAUGAUUUCGAACGGAAGGCGUUCGUGUGACAAACGCACGCAGGAUUUUUGUAGCUUUAAAUAUUUUGUUCGUUGUGAUGCCGAAUGUUCUCUUUGUAUAUUAUAUGAAAAUCAGAAUGUAGCAAGACGGAUGCUGAAAUGAAUGCUGGAAGGUAUUGCAUGCUUUCCAUAUAGUGAAGGAAGAAAAGGUUUAUAAGACUUAAUGGGAUGUCAUCAUGUUGAGUAUGACGAACAGAAUUGUAAUGAUGUUGAGCUGGGGAAUUGCAGGCGUUGAAAUGCGCGAAGGAUAUCGAUUUUCAUUAUUUGUCAAUAAUAUGUAUAAAAUGAAAAAGAAAUUGACGCAAAAAAACAACAAAACUUUAAAAUUUCAAACAAUGGAAACACAAGUCAUUUAACGAGUAUUAUAAAUGUUUUUAAAAUAAAGAAAUUGUUUUAUAAAAAAAA